AUGUUCCCCGCGCGCCCCGACCCCUUCGUGCUGGAGGAAGCAAGCAUCGCAGCGCUGGCGUGCUCCGGCCGCACGUUAUCUGCGGACGAAUCUCUGGAAGUGACUCCGAGAUCGGCGGAAUCGUCGCCGAAAGUGGCAAGGAAGCACGCAGACGUUGGGGGUAAUGAAGAGGCGUCGCCAACCCAGGAGCGCCUGGUGGAAGAGCCCAUUCCGGAGUCCGAUGACGAACGCAAGGACAAAUACGACGACAAAUUCGAUGACAGAAACGAUGACAGAAACGAUGACAAAAAUGAUGACAGAAGCGAGGACAAAUACGACGAUAAAAAUGAUGACAGAAGCGAGGACAAAUACGACGAUAAAAAUGAUGACAGAAGAGAUGACAAAUACGAGGACAAAUUGGCGCCGAAGGAACCCGUGCUAGCAGACCCGCAUAAAGAGACUGAGGCCGACAACUGGCUUGACUACGUAGUCGACGCCGCAAAGGGGCGCGUUAAACGAAAGCCCGGUACAUCAGCGUCGGACCAAUCCGGUUCCGCGCUGGAUCUGAGCAAGGGAGGGUUGGUGAAGGUUGCCAAGGUGGCAAAGCGCGACGAGGUCGCCACGCAGAGCUCCGACGGUGGAAGGUUGUGGCGAGAUCGCCUGAAGCUUCGCCAGCAAAUGCUUAGCGAGGAAGACCUUGACAAACCCUUGCCCACGCGACAGCAGCGUAUGGCCGGGUCCGACGAAGUUCAGCGCAAGUAG